UGUUACUCCUUCAAACACAAAAUGACUCUUUUUACAGUUCUUUAUACUCUUCAGGCUUUUUGGCUCCAUCAAAUCUUUUCUAACAAAGAAACACUUUGUUCUGCAGAGAGAGUUUAUUUGUUACGUGCUGUGUACUCUGCAGUUCAAUGCAGUUCUUCUCUUCACAUGGUCCAGGAAUUUGGGGUCAAAGCCAGUGACAUGGCUUUCUCCAGGAGCACACAGGGUUGAAGGUCAAAGGGAACAACUGUGGCAGUGUGGUCGUUCCUCUGACCAGCAAACCCUCAGCCCUAGCAGUGUAGCCACCACUGAUCUUACAUGGAACCUUUAAAGAACCUUAAGGACUCGAAAUCUUAAAAAACAAAACAAAACAGGAAAUACUAAUCAACAGCUUAUCUUGUAGGGUGCCAAAAUUUCAUUAGCAAGUGGGUUUAGCUCAGCGAUCCGUUGAGGAACGUGUGCUCUGACGGGGCAUCUUCCUUGUGUUGUGAGUGUGAAGUGUGACAGUGAUGCCCCUGCACAUGUGCGAGGAGGAACUCGUCUUCUGUUACUCUCUUCCACUGCCAGUUUAUUUUUAGCCUCCUAACGUCCCACACUGCUCCUGGAACGCCCUGAGGCUCUUCCCGGCACUCCGCUCUCCUCGCUCCUCAUUCUCGGCGCCGUGACUGAGCAGUGCGCACCAACACUGACCCGACACUGUGGUUCUCUCUGAGAGAUGGAGGACAGUCCUCUACAGGUGCUGCAUGUGGAAACCGCUCCGUAUCCUGACCAGCGGCCCGGUACCAGCGGCCUCAGGAAGAACGUCCGUGUUUUCCAGUACAAAGCGAACUACCUGCAGAACUUCAUCCAGAGUAUCUUCUCCUCCAUCGACCUGCGGGACCGUCAAGGCUCCACCAUGGUGGUGGGAGGAGACGGGCGUUACUUCAACACCGCUGCCAUCCAGGUCAUCGUACAGAUGGCGGCGGCCAACGGGGUGGGCCGCCUGGUGAUCGGUCAGAACGGCAUCAUGUCCACGCCGGCCGCGUCGUGCAUCAUCAGGAAGUUCAAAGCCAUUGGUGGGUUCGUGCUCACCGCCAGCCACAACCCUGGAGGACCAGACGGAGAGUUUGGCAUCAAGUUCAACAUUGCUAAUGGAGGUCCGGCCCCAAGCCCUGUGACUGAUAAGAUCUUCCAGAUAAGCAGGGGUAUAGAAGAGUACGCCAUCUGCCCUGACCUCACGGUGGACCUCACAACACUCGGCAGGCAGAGUUUCGACCUGGAGAAUAAAUUCAAACCGUUUACAGUUGAGAUCGUGGACCCGGUGGAAUCCUACGCCAACAUGCUGAGGAACAUCUUUGACUUUGCGGCGCUGAAGGAGCUUCUCUCAGGACAGAACCACAUACGCAUCCGGUUAGACGCCAUGCACGGAGUGCUUGGCCCAUAUGUGAAAAAGAUCCUGUGUGAGGAACUCGGUUCUCCUGCCAACUCGGCCAUUAACUGCGUCCCUCAGGAGGACUUCGGUGGACGGAUUCCCGAUCCGAACCUGACCUGCGCUGCAGAUCUGCUCGAGACCAUGAGGAGCGGCCAGUUCGACUUCGGAGCCGCUUUCGACGGUGACGGUGACCGCAAUAUGAUCUUGGGGAGGAACGGCUUCUUGGUGAACCCCUCGGAUUCUGUUGCUGUAAUUGCAGCGAACAUCUUCUGCAUCCCUUACUUCCAGCACAUGGGCGUGAGAGGCUUCGCCAGGACAAUGCCCACCAGCGGAGCACUCGACAACGUGGCUAAAGCCACCAAGAUCCAGCUGUAUGAAACUCCGACUGGCUGGAAGUUCUUUGGGAAGCUGAUGGACGCGGGUCGCCUCUCGCUGUGUGGAGAGGAGAGCUUCGGCACAGGUGCUGAUCAUAUCCGUGAGAAGGACGGGCUUUGGGCCGUACUCGCCUGGCUCUCCAUCCUGGCUUUCAGGAAACAGAGUGUUGAGGAAGUCAUGCUGGAUCACUGGAAAACCUACGGCAGGAACUACUACACCAGGUACGACUACGAGGACGUGGAGAUAGACACGGCAGUGGACCUGAUGCUGGACCUCGAGGUCAUCAUCUCAGACAAGGCGUUCGUCGGACAGAAGUUCACGGUCGGGCAGAAAACCUAUGAAGUGGAGAAAGCAGACAACUUCGAGUACACCGACCCUGUAGACGGAAGCUCCACGAGGAACCAGGGUCUGCGGAUUAUAUUUAAAGGCGGCUCUCGCAUUGUUUUUCGUCUCAGUGGAACCGCGUCGGGGGCCACGAUACACCUCUACAUCGACUGCUACGAGAAAGAUGAAAAGGAGAUUCUACAGGAUCCACAGGUGAAGUUGGUGGAUCUGCUGAACAUCGCGCUGAAGGUGUCGCAGCUGCGCGAGAGGACGAGGAGAACCGGUCCUAAUGUCAUUACAUGAUAUAUAUAUAUAUAUAUUUGUGUUUUU